AGCAGACACUUAAAAAUGGCGGCCUCCGAAAGUACGCACGUGGAAACAACGAUACCUGGGGAUGUAGAACUCUUACUGAAGCAAUACCCAGAGCUGAGAAUGAAUAGAGAAUCACACAAGGUGUGUUGUUGUUUGACGGGUCAUGAGAUGCCAGCACGAAAAGAUGUCAUCCUCAGUUUUGUCCAAGGGAAAAAAUUUCUAAGGGCACAGCAAGAGAGAGAAUAUGACUAUGAUGCACACAAACCACACUUGGUCCCAAGCGAUAAAAAAGGACACAAGAAUAAGUUGUUCUGUAUGUUAACCUUUCGGCAUGUGACACGAAAUCCUGUUGAUGUUGAGAGACAUGUAACUGGAAAACGAUAUCGGCGAGCCUUGGAAAGGUGGAAGAAGUGUCAAGAAACAGGUGAGACUUUCCGCCCAAGAGGGAAGAAACGUAUUCGCGAAGAUUCCACUUCCGAUGACAUUGAUCAACCUCGGAAGAGUAAAUUCUGGCAGUUAGAUUCCGAAAGUGAUGAGGACCAGCUGGAGGAUGACAUGAGUGAUUUGUAUCCAGAGGGAGAUUUUUUAAUUGAUGGGGAGGAGUCUGAAGAAGAUGCAGAGAAUGAUGCUGAUGGUAAAGGCAAAGAUGGAAAUCAGGAAGAGGCUGAUGACUCGGACUUCGAUUUUGAUGCAAUGGAUGUACCAGCUUCAAGUGGUGACUCAGAACAAAAAAGUGGAAAAGGAAAGGUGAGGGGAAACUGAAGUCCAAGACGGCAGGUAUGAAGAAGUUCAAAAGAGACACAGAUCAGACAGAAGGAAGGAUUAAAAAAGUGAAGAAAUAGCAACGGAAGUGACAGCGAUGUGGGAACUGGCGUAAAACUGGCUUUAACUCUGAGAAUGGGGAGAUAAUCGGGGUCAUCAAAAACGCUGGUGGGGAAUUGGCUUCUAUUCUGGGGAUAGAGAGACAUUAAAAAAAAAAAAUCCUU